AAUAAUAUUAGAAAACAAAAUAAAAACAAUGAAACAGUUGUUAAAACAUAAAUUGUGUUAUUCAGGUGAUUGACCACUGAUUGACCACUGAUUGACCACUGAUUGACCACUGAUUGACCACUGAUUGUCCGCUUAGUAGAUGACUAUCGGUUUGUCCCGAAACCAAACACGUAAUUAGGUUGUAAAUUACCCGAUAGCAAACGGAAACAGCUUUUGGAAGCGCUUUAAGACAUGGAAUAUUCGCCGAUCAACUCGUGUGUGGCCGAUAUCGGCUCCAACAUUGGCGCCGAUCGGCAAACGGGUGUUUCGUGCGUAACGUUUGACACACACGAAGAGCUGCUAUGGAUGGGUAACGCUUCCGGCCAUUUGACUUCAUAUUAUUCAUACACACUCGACAAGUAUACCUCCUUUCAUGUCGACCACAACAACGACAUCCGCGAUGUACUGACACCAGUGUCGGGCGUACUGGCGCUGACCAAAGACUCGCUACGACUGUCCAAACGGCGUGGACUGACAAUCUUCACGCACAAGUCCGAGUUGUUGAUGCGCGACAUGCAAUGCAUGACUUUGUUGCCAUCGGGCUUAUUACUGAUGGCCGGCCACCAGGAAAAGCUUAUUGAACUGGACAUCGAGCGGGUAAAACAUGUACGGGUGACCGAUAUUGCAGAAAGCGGUUGCGUUAUUAUGAAACAGCACCCGCAGUUCGUGUGUUUGGCCGAUCCUAAUGGAAAGAUCACUCUUCGAGACACUGUUUCGCUUAAAAUCCAACAGGAAUUCCAGUCACACUCUAUGUUGUCCUCUAUCGAUGUUUGCGGCAAUUACUUGAUUACUUGUGGCUUCUCGGAACGUCAUGGCAACUAUAUAGCUGACCACUUCCUCAUGUUGUACGACUUGCGCCAAAUGAAGGCCGUGGCGCCCAUACCGAUGCCCAACUUUUCGCCGUAUUUAAUCAAAUUUUUGCCCAAAUUUGCGGCCAAAUGCUGUGUAGUGUCCCAAACGGGUCAGUUUAAUGUAUUUGACGUCGGCGACUACUCCCAGCGCUAUAUUCAUAGUAUACAACUACCACCUACCGGUGCCUCCAUAACCAGUCUUGAUGUGUCCAGUACUGGCCAGGCAUUGGCUUUCGGUGACGAUCAUAACUUUAUAUAUUUGUACGGCGCGUGCGGCGAAGUGGACUUCAAUAUGAAUAGUAAACAGACUGAAUUUGCCGAUCCUAUAGAACCGGUACGUCCCGUUCCUAUUACCGAUCUCUGUACACCCGUAUCGGAAAUAUCUCCAUUUCCUUAUUGGGCUGUAAAUGACAAACUUUUGUCAGAUUUGCCUCCCGAUAUGUGCCGAAAAACAUAUCGACCCGUUCCAGCCAUUGAUCCCGACAUCUUGCGCACCAUACGAAUGGUCGGUUCCAUUGGCUACGCACCAAAUCAGGGCAAAUCGCGACUACAAAUGCGGACAGCCGUUACCGCAGACUCGGCUAACGGGUCGAAACGAAAUAGUCCCGAAGACAACGAAAUGCCGCAUCGAUACUACUUUCUGGAGCCCAACUACGACAAGAUUGACAAAGACGAGUAUGACUUUAGCCGCUAUAAUCACUCGCCGUUUGUCGGCCUCGAUUCCACAUUACCGAACUCGUACUCCAAUAACAUGAUUCAGGCGCUGUACUUCAUACGGCCUCUCUGUGCCGGUAUUAUGGGUCACGUAUGCAAAAAGGAGUACUGUUUGGUCUGCGAAUUGGGUUUUCUAUUUCAUAUGUUAGACAUAUCGCCCAAACACACCCCCUGUAUGGCCAAUAACCUAUUGCGUGCCUUCCGGACAAUGCCUGAAGCUUCGGCACUGAAUCUUAUAUUUCCCGACGACGAAACCAUACGCAAGACUAUUAACUACGUAAAACUCUCCCAACAGUGGCUGCGGUUCAUAUUGAGUCAGUUGGACUCUGAGGAAACCAAAAGUUCAAACGACGUGUUCGAGAUAUCGGGUGAUGACCAGCAAUCGAAUGGCAACAAAAGUGAUACAAAAACCUUAUCGUCAGGUAGUGACCAACAAAGUACAACAACACAAUCAUUAUCGUCAUCUUCAUCAUCGUUUAUCAACGACUUGUUUGCGUUAUCAUUAUUACGUAUUUAUCAAUGCAAAUGUGAUCACCAAUGGGAACAGCCGCACAAGUCGUUUCCCAUAACCUUAAGCUAUCCGACCGACAAUCUCAAGUGUACUGAAUUUGUUGAUCUACUCAAACACAGUGUACUAACCGAACAGACCAUACAAACCUAUUGCGAAAAGUGCGCCAAAUAUCAGCACGUCGUCGAACGGCGCGAAGCCAAGUCUAUUCCACACAUAUUGGCCAUCAAUACUGGUCUGGACAACGAACAGGCUGUCCGAUUCUGGAAGAAUCAAGUGGACAGUAUGUCAACGAAUAAUGAUAGCACCAGAUAUGUGCCCACUAGUGUCCAGGAAAUGCCAACACCAAAGAAGGCGUGUCGUUACGGAAACAAUUGUAACAGAAGUGACUGCAAAUUUUCGCACGAAAAGAACAAAGAGUCGACUAAAGAUAUUGUCUCUUGGAUUCCAUUGUCAUUCGGUAUAACUGUUGAUGAAAAUGACAAAAUAGAUUUCACGACGAGUUCGAAGACUAGUGAAACCGAUUGUUUUAUAGAGUAUGAACUCAUGUCUGUCACAUCUGUAGUCAAGAAAAACGAGGCGCACAUCAGUAACAUUGUUAGCGCCAUCCGAGUGGACAAAGAAUACUUUGAACACCGAUCAGCUACUGAUGAAUAUCACAACAAUUGGUUUCUAUUUAAUCAUUAUUCGAUUAAUCCCAUAACUGUCGAAGAAGUUGUCUCCAAUGAUCUCCACUGGAAAGUGCCUUCAGUUUUGAUUUAUGUACGAAAAGAUUUGAAUCAAUUGCAUAGCAAUUUGUUGGCGAUGAACAAUGCCGUAACUGAAGAUGUUUUCGGCGAAGAUCUGAAUCUGGCGUCAAAAGCUCGACGCGGAUCCAUUUCGUUCACCCCGUUGACCAUCGAUGAGAUGCCAAAGAAGGGUGAUUUUGUUGCCAUGGAUGCCGAGUUUGUGACACUCAAUCAGGAGGAGACCGAAUUGCGAGCCGACGGGACUCGCAGUACAAUAAAACCAUCGCAGAAAUCAGUUGCUCGUAUAUCGUGUGUACGCGGAAGUGGACCACUGGAAGGACAGCCAUUUAUUGAUGACUAUAUCACCACUCAAGACCAAGUGGCCGAUUAUUUGACAAAAUUUUCCGGUAUACAACCGGGCGAUCUGGAGGUUGGCAUCUCAUCCAAACAUUUGACAACAUUGAAGUCAACUUAUAUGAAACUUAGAUUCCUGGUCGAUACGGGUGUCAUAUUUGUCGGUCACGGUUUGCGUAACGAUUUUCGUGUCAUAAAUCUGGUCGUACCGCCCGAACAGGUCAUCGAUACGGUAUUCCUGUUUCAGUCGCCCAACUUUAAGCGUAUGGUAUCGUUGCGGUUCCUGGCCUGGCAUUUCCUCGACAUAACCAUCCAAUCGGAAACGCAUGAUUCGAUUGAAGACGCAAAGACAGCUCUGUUGCUCUACAAGAAGUAUUUAGAGCUGAAGGCACUCAAUUGUACAGAUGAGGCCAUUGAAAAUCUGUAUGAUGUCGGCCGUAAUUCCGGGUGGCGGGUGCCCGGCAAUGAUGAUUAGGGCAUAAUGUGAUGAUUGACUGACUGACUACUGUUUAAAAUUGCAUUAUUUAUGCAACUGAUGUUGCAUUUUGUGUGCGCAUAAAAUUUCUUUAUGGAAAUUACUUU